AUGGCACCAUCUGCGCAAGCCCACAAGCGGGCGCACAGCCUGCUGCUGUUUGAGAAACUGCUCAAUCUCCGCGAGAGCGCGAGCCCACUGACCCUCAUCCUCGACACCCUCGAGCAGAGCGGUCAACCUCUUUUAUACGAGUUUAUGAGAAGAGCAAAGCUUGAGCGCACAAAAACCGUCUUCGUUUCGUUCGCCACAGUCAAGAAACCCACCAUUGCAGACAUCUUCAUCCGCGCCAGGGGUUUAUCUCUCAAGUCCCUCGCCGCCGAAAUUGUCUCACACGUCGGUCCGCCGCGACCCAGUUCUGCGAAGGAAGCCACAGCUGCCCAGAAAUUCCUAAUCAUAAUCGACACCCUCAACCCCCCCACCUCCACAUCCCCCUCCCACCUCCCCCCCUUCUUCACCUCCAUCAUCCUCCCCCCAACCGUCUCCCUCGUCGCAAUCUACCACACCGACAUCCCCACGCUCCCCCCUCACCCUUCCCUCCAACCCUACGCGCAAUACCACCCCCACCCACAAAUCUUCCUCACCCACCUUGCCACCGCCGUCCUGCGCGUUUUGAGUGUCCACCACGCUAUUGCUGCGCGGCGGGCGCGCGAGCGGAGUUUGGUGGUGCCGGAAUGGGGGCUGCGGGAGGGACGGGAGGGGGUGUUGGUUGGGUUGUGCGAGGGGAAGGAUAAAAUACCGACAGGGGGUAGGGAAGAGUUGGUGGUGGAGAUGGAGUUGAGGCGGAGGAGUGGGCGGGCUGUGGGGGAGGUUUUUGUGAUUUCUACACCGGCGGCGUCGUUGGGUGCUGCAGUGUCGAGGGGGGAGCUGGGAACGGUCAUGGUGAUGCGGGAUCAUCCUGAUUUUAGACGGCCUGAGGAAGAGGGGGAGACUGAAGAGGAGGAAGGGGGAGGGAUGGAGACGAGUUUUAAUUUGGGGUUGACGGAGAAGCAGAGAAGGGAUCGGGAGGCGGUGGUGCUGCCGUAUUUUGAUGCGCAGGUGGAUGUGGGAGGUGGUGAGGGCGGUCGGAUUUUGUAUGAUAUGGGGAGGGAGGAUGAUUUUGAUGAGGAGGAGGAUGAGAUUUAG